CAGUUCACAGUAAGACGUUCGCGGAGAGACACGUGCCUUCCGCGCUUCUCCUUCGUCUGGAUUAAGCCCCUUCUUUUUUUUCUCCUCGUCUGUGCGUGCCCGAUCUGACUUCCUCGUUCACUCCUUUGGCAGAGGGAGUCGGCACGGUUCUCUGCACUAGUUUUCGACGGGACUUUAAUUGCUGCCGGACCAAGCAGAUUGUGGCUUUUAUUUUAUAUAUAUAAUUUUUUUCUGAUUCAGUUAUUACACUGCCAAGACUAAUCGUCGAGGGAGAUACUCAUAUUUGUACAAGAUGAGCUGUCCAUACGCCAGGGAAAAUGGGGUGGACACAGCCCAACAGGGGAAGAAUCUCUUGGACUUCGGUGGAAUUACGUAUACAUCAUACCUCCAGCUUCACAAGAUCCUCAAUGCGCAAACGAUGAUGUCGACGGAGGAUGGGACACCCGUUCACGAUGAGCACCUCUUCAUCAUCAUUCAUCAAGCAUACGAGCUCUGGUUCAAGCAAAUCAUCUACGAGAUCGACUCAGUGAGGGAGAUCUUCAGUCAGGAGGAGGUGGACGAACACAAGAUGCUGGAGAUCGUCAAGAGAAUGCAACGCGUCACCUUGAUCCUGAAGCUGUGCGUCGACCAGUUCCUCAUCCUGGAGACUAUGACGCCUCUCGACUUUAUAGAAUUCCGAAACUACCUGUCCCCAGCUUCAGGAUUUCAGAGUUAUCAGUUCAGAUUGCUCGAGAACAAAGUUGGGCUUCGAGGGGACCUCCGCGUAAGAUACAACCAAGAGAACUACAUGAAGGUGUUUGGAGAUGAGCCCGAAGUCUGCAAAAACAUCAUGAAGUCCGAGGAGGAACCUUCCCUUCAGAACCUCGUGAGUCGCUGGCUGGAGCGCACGCCGGGGCUGGAGGAAAAGGGCUUCAACUUCUGGACGAAAUACAAAAUGGCCGUGGACAGCAUUUUGACGCAGGAGUACCGGGAGGCUGAGAGCGAAGAGUGCGAAACCUUACGAGGCCAUCUCAUCGACCAAAACAAGAGGCGACGAGAGCUAUUUGACAGCAUCUUCGACGCGAGGAUCCACAACGCACUCAUGGCCCGCGGCGAGAGACGUCUCACGCACCGGGCCAUGCAGGGAGCCCUCAUGAUUUCCUUGUACAGGGAGGAAUCGCGGUUCAACCAGCCUCACCAGCUCCUCCAGCUCCUCAUGGACGUUGACUCGCUCAUGACCAAGUGGCGAUACAGCCACGUGAUGUUAGUGCAGAGGAUGAUCGGUUCACAGCAGAUUGGCACAGGCGGGUCGUCAGGAUACCAGUACUUGCGUUCCACUCUUAGUGAUCGUUACAAGGUGUUCAUCGAUCUGUUCAACCUGAGCACCUUCCUGCUGCCAAGAAACUGCAUCCCGCCCUUAACGCGCCAGAUGAAGAACCGCCUCAGCAUCAUGGAGGAGGACCAGAAGGAGGACGAGAGCAAAGUGUCCUCCUCUGCGUUGCACUCAACCGCGAAGGCCUCCAUUCCUCCUUCGGACUCGCCGUGCCCUCGUGAAAACGGAGAGGAAAAGGCGUCAUCAGAGAGUGACUUAGAAAAGAGUUUGGAAAAUAGUAUGGAAAGGUCCUGUGAGGCUUCGAUGUAGAGGUCGAAAUGGCAACGGUAUAACAAGGAAUUUUACAUAGAUGCGCUGUAGUGUUAGUUGGAUAUUGUUGGACUUGUCUUUGGCAGUACCUUUUUUUUCGUUCUUUCUUUCUGUCAUUCCUUGAGAACUUGCUGUCUGAAUAAUGUGAUAAUGGUACAUAAAACACCUUUCCAAUGGUUUUGGCAUGGUACAAAUGUCCAUUUUAUUGUAUGAAAAUGGAUAAUGUUUAUUUGACUUCGACAUGUACAUGCAUUUUAUAUAUAAACUGCAUUAGCUACAGUAACUUUAGGUUUUAUAUGUUGAAAGGCAGUUGCUGUGGUGCUCUUUAUUUCGCAUUCAUAACAUGCAUUUCAUUUUGAUAAGCUCUCAGUACUGGUAUGAUAUUCUGUAUUUGACAAAACGUGACUUUUACAACAACUGUGGCUAUUACUAAUAAGAAAUCAGCUUGUACCUUAAGUCUUGUUAAAAACUUCAUACCCAACAUUGCUUUGAAAAAGUGUCUAAAUAUCUGACUUUGGGAACUCGUGUAACAUAUGCAAGAUUAUUUUUAAUAUUACAAGUGGGUCUUUCUGAUAUAUUUGUAUAUUUCUUACUCUAUUGUAUGUUUCAAGUGUUAGCAUAUACAUUAAGACCAUAUAUUUUCAAGAGAAAAACAAAACGUAAGACCGCUGUAUAGAAAUGUAGUGAAAGAUCAUCUAAAUAAAAAAAAAAUAUUUGUCUCAUGAAAAUGGCUCCCUUAAAUACAAGAAGGACCCAAUCUAAACUCUGCAUUAGAUACUUGGUAGAGGUUUUGUUGGCAAUUUCCGGAGCGCAGUGGUAGAGGGCGUGGCCAUAUAUCAGUACUAGGCCCUCAACACAGCCAAUAUAACUAUACUUCGCAAAUCUCAGUAUAGAAAAAUAAAUAAUAGUAGUAACUCACCCUAGUCCCUGAGUUAGGCCAACUUGGAUUCACCAAUUCUCUUUUACUUAACGUAUAAAAAAGUUGAAGGCUGUAAAUUUCAAUUAAAAGAUGGGAAAAGAUGUAUGCAUAAAAUAUAAAAUAUAUCAAAAUAUAUAACACAUGUAAACAUACCAUAAUAUGUUUUCACAAAUGAUAUUUGAUUAAUUAGAGUCCCCCAAAUUUUUUUUUUUUUCCUUUUUAGAGUCAAAAACGAGAAAAAAGUCCCAUAUACAAAGGCACUGCAGGUUUCGUCUAAAUAUAUGCCUUAUGCUCAAGUGUUUUUUUUUUUUUUUUUUUUUUUUUUUUUUAUCAGAUCCCGCUUAUUCUGUAUAUGUUGAUAUUUUCUAAUAACAGUACUUACUAACACCAAGGUAUUUCAUGUUGUAUUUAAAGUUAGGAAGAGGAAAAGUACACAAUAAGGAACCCUGCUUUAGGUUUCAUAUCCAUAUUUUUAAAAUGAUCUUCAUUGUUGAUUUUCAGAUUUCAGAUUAGGAAUAUUACAUCGUUGGGUGAAUGAAUUGUAUUAGGAGUUAAUUUUAACAUAAUUACGAACUGUAUUUAUAAUUAAUAUUCGAAUUGUAUUGCGCAUAACUUCACUUCAGGGUAAUUUGUCCACAUAAAUAUUUAAAACCACAUGAAUCAUCCCCUUUUUUAAAGCGUCUAGUCUCACAAAUUUAUUAAUCUCAUGAUUUUCACUCUUUUCUAUUAAUUGAAUAAUCUUAGGCUUAUUUUGCUUAUAGUUUUUGUUGUUGUUCAACUAUAAAUUGUUGCACAUGUUACACUUAUUCACUUGGAUAGCAUGAUUUAGAAGCAUUUUUUUUGUAGGUAAUAAUAUUUAAAAGAUCAGCCGUUCUGUAAGUGACGUCAACUCAUUUUAUGGAUAGUAGAAAAUAAAAUAAACUUUACGACACAAAACAGUCUAUGGUAUAAGUAUUACAGGGCAGAAAAGAUAAUGAUAGAGGAUAUGGCAUGGGCCAUUUCUGGUAAUAUAUAGGUAGAUUUGUACAUUCUGGCUAAAACUAUACAUACACACACACACACACACACACACACACACACACA